UUGGUGGAGAUGGAGUAUAUGUAAUCUGGGUAUACCCCCACUUUUAAAUUUUGUUUUUUUUUUACGGAAUCCUAUGUUUCAGACCAUGGAGAAUCCGAUUCUGGAAAAAAAUUUUCAAAAUUUCUAUCCCCCCAUCCCCAGUUUUUAUAUAGAUCCACAGGGUAAACCUAACCCUAACCCUGACCGUAACCCUGACCCUAACCCUAACCCUAAACCUAACCCUAACACUAGUUUUGUGAGAUUUGGCUGUUAUUUCUAGCAUGUAAAUAGCCUGCUUGGUGGGAGGGGGGGGAAUUGAAAUUUUUCAAAAUUUUUUUUUUCAGAAUCGGAAUCUCCAUAGCCUAAAACGUGGGAUUCCGUUAAAAAAAAAUUAAUAAAUAAGGGGGGGAAAGGUUCAGAUUACAUAUAGUCCAUCUCUACCGUCAUUUUUAUGACAAGUUGCUCGUAAGUCUCUUAUAACAUUCCUUCCCGAUCUUUUCUUUCAUGCUUGCAUACUGAAUGCCAGAGCCUUCAUUUCUUCCUAGGUAUUUAUAAGUUUGUUCCUGAUCAAGUUCCUUCAUAAUUGUUAACAUCUAGCGCAACUGAAUUGGAGGUUUUCAAUUUACUUUUCUGGAAAGUGGUCCUGGCACAUUUAGCAAGACCAAAUUCCAUCCUGAUUUCAUUACAGAAUCCUUUCACAGUACAUAAUAGGCCUUCAAGCUCAUCAUUGACUUUGCCAUAUAAAAUACACGGCUUAUUUUCUUGUCAGUUUUAUAUCCAAACCAUGUUCUUCCAAGUUUGUAGCAAGCAUAUUGUCUACUCGGCUAUUUCGCUUUAAAAUUAUAUCAAAUGGGCAUGUUUCGGCAUUGUCAACAUUUAAUCAUAUGGCUAGGGUUGGACUAGAUUAAUUGCAAAGAUUGGAUGGUCUUAACUAGCUAAUCAGUGUUUGAGCAACAGUUUUUAUCCCAACAUAGAAACAUUCUCUUCCUGUCCACCAACCAUUAUAUAAGGACUGCUCCCUCACGUUAUAGAGCAGAGAGAGGAGGGAGAGACGAGAUCAUGAGCCAAGCAGAUGUCUUCCAGUUGCCGAUGUUGCGCAGCACACAGGACAAAGCCAUAAACAUGCUAUGAAAUUUCAACUAUGAGACAACUUCCACUGUUCAAGACAUACUUAAAAUUACCAAACCAGUUGCUUCACAAUAUAUUAUCUGAAGGCGUUGGCAUCAAAGGUUCAUCAAGGAUCAUCAAUAUUUAUCAACUUUUAAAGAUUAAAGAAGUUAUGCUUAACAAAUAUAUCUCAUUUGAUAUUAUUUGUAAACUGAGAUUAGUAGUAAUUUUAUCUACCUCCUUAUCUUGGAUAUGUACAACAUGAAUUUUCGAACUGAAUUUAGAUUACAAGGAGUUUGCAACAUAUUAAGAUAUUUGCAAAGAUUACAGUUGAUGGGAAAAUAGCAAAAAAAAAUAUAUUUGUUUGGAAUCAAUACAAACAAAAAGAAGAAAAAUUAUGGAAAAAGAAUUAUGUGAAGACAACCUCAAGUUUCAAGCAAAAUCUAAAAGAAUUGAAUUUCCUGGUGAUAGCAAGGAAGAAAGAGUGAAAACAUCAUUCACUUGUGAUAUCUGUGGUAAAUCAUUAUCUCAAAAAUGCCAUCUCACUACACAUAAACGUACUCAUACAGGAGAGAAGCCUUAUCAUUGCGAUAUCUGUGGUAAAUCAUUCUCUGAAACUAGUUACCUAACUAAACAUAAACGACUUCAUACAGGAGAGAAUCCAUAUCAGUGUGAUAUCUGUGGUAAAUCUUGCUCGGGAAGUACUGACUUAACUAUUCAUGUACGCACUCAUACAGGAGAGAAGCCAUUUCACUGUGACAUCUGUGGCAAAUCAUUCUCUCAUGGAAAUACACUGACUAUACACAAACGUAUUCAUACAGGUGAAAAACCAUACCACUGUGAUAUCUGUGGUAAAUCAUUCUCUGAAAAAGGUACCUUAACUAUUCACAAACGUAUUCACACAGGAGAGAAACCUUAUUGUUGUGAUAUCUGUGGUAAAUCAUUCUCCCAAAGACCUCAUUUAGCUGAACACAAACGUAUUCAUACAGGUGAGAAAGCACAUCACUGUGAUGUCUGCAGUAAAUCAUUCUUUAGAAGUAGUGACUUAACGGCGCACAAACGUAUUCAUACAGGAGAGAGGCCAUAUCACUGUGAUAUCUGCGGUAGAUCAUUCUCUCAUAAUCAUAAUUUAACCAAACACAAACGUAUUCAUGCAGGAGAGACACCAUAUCUUUGUGAUAUCUGUGGUAAAUCAUUCUCUCAAUUAUAUAAUUUGACUACACACAAACGUAUUCACACAGGAGAGAAACCAUAUAAUUGUGAUAUCUGUGGUAAAUCAUUCUCUGAAAAUAGUACCUUAACAACUCACAAACGUAUCCAUACAGGUGAGAGUCCAUAUUGCUGUGACAUCUGUGGGAAAUCAUUCUCUCGUAAAAGGAACUUAACUACUCAUAUAGGUAUUCAUUCACAACAGUAACUACACCAAUGCCAACAUUCUGAUUGAAGUUAAUGCUGUGCUGCAAGCUCACUACUGCAUUUAUCUUGAUAACAUUUUCCCCUUUUCUUGUUGGUAUAUGUAGUUAUUUUACGAAUGCUAGUUCUAGACAGUAUUCAUAAACGAUGAAAGUAAACAAAGUUUGUAUUUAGAAGCAUUGACAUGUAUUGGUAAGAUACAGAAUUAAAUUUAUAUCUCAAACGCGUGAUAAUGCUAUAAAUAGCAUGAUCAGGAUAAAUUAUCCAUAUAAGGCAGAAAAAUACGUUACUGGCCAGCCAUGAGACUCGAACUCACAUCUCUGUGAUUACAUGUCAAGUGUUUUACCAUUAAACUAAACUGCCCAGCAACGAAUUCUUCUGCAAUUUUAGAACUUAUAAAUUUAGCUUCAUAAGACGCUAACAAUAAAUUCAACUUUAAAAUUGCAGAAGAAUUCGUUGCUGGGCAGUUUAGUCUAAUGGUAAAACACUUGACAUGUAAUCACAGAGAUGUGAGUUCGAGUCUCAUGGCUGGCCAGUAACGUAUUUUUCUACAUUAUAUGCAUAAUUUAUCCUGAUCACGCUAUUUAUAGCAUUAUCACGUGUUUGAGAAAUAAAGUAUUCAUAAAAUUACUCUGUAUACCAAUUAGAAACAAAAAAAUCAGUUUGUUUAUCACAUUUAAUAUAAAUACAUCUUGAUAAAGAAAAUUUUCUGCAGUCCAUCUGCACAUGUACUGUGUUUAAAAACAAUGUUCAUAGACAUCGUAAAAGUGAAUACUCACCUGUCAUUUUACUAUUUUAUUAGUGCAGGUAUUUCUCAUUAAGCCUUUAUCCUUUAAACUGGCCAUAUCCGGCUCAGAUAUUCUAGCUGUUUAAUUUUCAAACUGUGCAGAUCUGACAUCUCAUGCCUGCCAUAAAACAUCAUUCGAAAAUACACAAUCACAUCAUCAAAAUCUCAAAGCUACAAGAUAAUGCAUGAUUAAUUGAAAACAAUGUGAAUAAAUAAGUAUCACAUUUGACAGUAAAUUGAUACCAAGCAGGAUAAUGUUUUAAAAACUGAACAAGUCAUGUCUACUAAAUACAAGAUUGUUUAAAUGUAUCAGGUGACAUUAUUUUAAUUCUAGAAAUACAUUGUUCAAAACUGA